AACUCGGUUGUUGAGGUCGUCUGCAAUUUUGCUUUUCUGCAUUUUAUGUCACGUUGGGCUAUCGGUAUCUGUAUUGGGUUUAUCACUCGAUCACUCUAGCUAGUUGAAGGCGAGUAGGCGACACUGAAAAUUGUGAAAUGCCUUUUGCCGAUGAUGAAGUUGUAGAUAUGAUUUGGCAGGCAAUGAAUGAACAUGAAGGACCCAUUUCAAAAGAAAUGUUAGUGAAACAUUUAAAGACUCCUCCACACUUCACAAUCAUUCGAGUAAACACUGUAACUACAAGCAAAGAAAUUCUUAGAGAUGAAAUUGAAGAGGCACUUUCAAUGCAAUAUUCCAUAAAGAUGAUUUCUCCCCCAGUAGUUCAAUUUCACCCUAAAGUACAUGACAUACUAGUUGUUAAAUCCAAUCAUGCCAUUGAAAAGGUAGAACCUAUUUACCCACAUGUUAUGGUUGGUUUGGGGUGUGCAAUAGCAAUUCUAAGAGGUGCUAAUGCAUAUUCUCCAGGGAUAACAGCUAUUCCAAAUGGAGUUGUAAUAGGGGACAAAGUUUCGGUUUUUGGUGAUCUAUUAGGUCAGUGUAAAAGAGGAUGGAAUAAAGAAUAUGAAGGAAAAAAAUAUUUUGUAGGUAAUGGCCUAUUGCUUCAAAAUAGACAAGAUCUGUUCUCAGUUGGAGUACCGAAGGGUCUAGCUAUUAAUAUGAUUGAACCGCUUUUUUAUUGUCCAAGUAUUGGCGACAUUUUGCUUGAUAAUAAAACAAUCGGAUUCCAGAAAGGAUUUCUUCAAAAUUUACCAUCUGUACUGUGUGGCCAUGCGCUUAAUCCACAACCUCAUCACUUGGUCUUGGAUUUAUGUGCUGCUCCUGGAGGCAAGACGACACAUAUUGGAAGUUUAAUGGAAAAUAAGGGUUCAGUAAUAGCUCUGGACAAAUCAGCAUCAAAAAUCAAACAAAUUCAAGAAAAUUCAGCGAAGCUUGGGUUGACCAAUAUCACAGCCUUCGUCCAAGACUCAACAACAGCUUGCAUAAUGGAAAAGCCUGAACACUUACAAGAAUAUGAAACUACUGCUGUUGCUUCACUCCAGACUUCACCACCAUUUCUCCCUAAUUCCUUUGAUCGCAUAUUACUUGAUGCGCCAUGCAGUGCCCUAGGACAACGACCACAAUUAUAUAAUCCUAUACGACUGAAAGAGGUGCAGUCGUUUGCAAGAUUGCAGAAAAAGCUUUUUCUUACGGCUGCUCAGUUAUUGAGACCGGGAGGUCGCAUGGUUUACAGUACGUGCACCUAUAACAUAGCUGAAAAUGAAGAGAUCAUUGACUGGGCACUAGGAUUAUUUCCAUCUCUCCGUGUUACGAAUUUCAACAUUCAAAUCGGAAAGCCAGGAUACAGAAUUGGUCGGCUAACGGAAGAAGACUGCAUAGCAAUGCAGCGAUUUGGUUCACCCAAUGAAAGUGUGUCGAUGGAUGAAAACUCGGAUACAAUUGGUUUUUUCAUUUGCUGUUUAGAAAAGAUCCUCAGUUAAAAAUGUGUUUGCAUUUUGAGUCUUUCUAUUUAUAAGCAAUCACUCACAAAAUAUAAAGAGCCAACAAGCGUACUAUAUCUUAUGUAACGGUUAUUAUAAUUUAUCGUCACUAUUUUAAUCUGAACCUUUUUCCUAUCCAAAGGAAGUACCUUCCGGUAGCAGGCUACGUUAUAAAGCACAGUAAAG